AUGCAUCUGGAAGUCGUCAGUGACUUAUCGACUGUCGGAUUUUUGUCUGCCUUUCACCGCUUCAUUGGGCAUCACUCAGACAAUGUGAAAAAUUUUGCAGGCGCCAAACACGAACUUAACGAACUCUACCGCAUCCUGAAUGAUGAGACAAGCCAAAGAUGCAUCGGAACCGAAUUCUCACAACAAGGAAUCUCGUGGCAAUUUAUUCCACCUAGAGCUCCUAAUUUCGGCGGAUUAUGGGAGGCAGCCGUUCGCUCCGUUAAAACUUCGCUAAAACGAGAAAUUGGUACGCGUCAACUGUCACUAGAAGAUUUCUCCACGCUUCUGGUCCAAAUAGCUGCUGCCUUAAACUCAAGGCCACUCGCUCCACUGUUUGAUGAUCCCUCGGACUUUGAUGCUCUCACGCUGGCCCGUUUUUUGAUUGGCACACCUAUGAAGGCUCUACCAGAACUCGAUCUUCGAAGCAUCCCCACAAACUGCCUGACCCCCUACCAGCAACGACAGCAAAUGUUUCAACAGUAUCGGCAGCGAUGGAGCAGAGAGUACCUCACCGAACUUCAAACAGUCAGCAAGAAUCUUCAGCCAACCUUAAUUCGUGUUAGUAGCAUCGUAGUACUACGAGAGGAUAAUCAACCACCUUUAUGUUGGCCCUUGGCAAGGAUCAUCGAGGUUCAUCCCAGCACGGAAGGCGUAGUAAGAGUGGUAACACUAAAAACCAUCAACGGAGUACAUAAGCGACCAGUAUGCAGAAUUUGCCCUUUACCGUCCCAUCAGGAAGCCGACAAUCAAAAGGAAUAUGCAACAGAGAAGUAA